UGUGGUUCUCAGCUUAUGUGGAUUUUCAAAUAUUUCCCCAACGUGUUUCUAGGGAGUGUUGUGAAGAGUGAGGACUUUUCUCUCCCAAGUUAUGUUGAUCGUCGCGACUACCCCCUGCCUGAUGUGUCCCACGUCAAGCACCUGUCUGCCAGCCAGAAGGCCCUGAAAGAGAAGGAGAAGGACUCCUGGAGUGGCCUCUCCCUGGAUGAGAAAGUCGAGUUGUAUCGCAUUAAGUUCAACGAGAGCUUCGCCGAGAUGAAGCGGGGCUCAAACCAGUGGAAGACGGUUGUGGGCGCUGCCAUGUUCUUCAUCGGCUUCACGGCGUUCAUGGUCAUCUGGGAGAAGCGCUACGUGUAUGGCCCCAUCCCGCACACCUUCGACGAAGACUGGGUGGCCAUGCAGACCAAGAGGAUUCUGGACAUGAGGUCCGGCCCCAUCCACGGCUUGGCUUCCAAGUGGGACUACGAAAAGAACGAGUGGAAGAAGUGAGACCCUGCUGUCCAUGCGUCCGGACCUCGCCUUGUUCUGUCACUGCUGUGCAACUCGGCAUAUUACUGGAAACCUGUUAUGUCAAACUAGCAAUGCUAAUAAAUGACGAGUUUACGUGAAA